AUGGCUCGUAGGCCAAUCUUGGGCCUUGCCUUUGUCCUCUUGGUUGGUGCAGCUGUGAAGGCUCUCUGCCCUGGUUUCGUGACGGCUCCCGCACGUGUGGCACAACAGCCACCGGCCAGAGAUGUGGCGACCGUCCAGGCCGAGGAGCUGAAGCUGGAGCUUCCGAGGCAGAUGGCUGCAGAGCUGAAGCCUGCCGUGGAGAAAGUGGCGCUCUCUGCCGCUUUCGCGCUGAUGGCAGAGCCGGCUUGGGCCGUCGACGGCAGCUACGACAUCAGGGAAGAGCAAGCAAAGAACUUCAUGAUCUUCUUUUCCGUUGGAAGCUUUUUCCUGGCAGCCGGCAUUGUCUUCGUCAUCAGCAAGAUGAGCGAUGACUAG